UGCUUGGAUACGCAGAAAACGGCGAGGGUGGUACGCUUACUAGCGGAAAUGCAAGCAGCAUCCGAAACUCUUGGAGCUCUCAAAUGCUAUCAUUGCCGGAAAAUGCCGCCUCAGACGCUGGAUGAGGUCAUCGCUCUCUAUGCAGAGAGCUACGUCUUUGCAGAAAGAUUGUUCUCGCAGUUGUGUGUGCAAGGCGGCAUGAGACCCGUGCAUGUCGCGGCCUUGAUAGCUCCUGGAAUGUUUGCGAGGCCUACCAAUGCCGAAUGGGACGAGUUUGAGAAGCACAAUCCUUCAUGGACUAGGGAAUCCAUGCCAGAGUUCGUGGAGAGGGCCGUGGGGGCAGCAUCCAUGCCCGAAGCUCUCAACCAGGGGUUCUCAAUGGCGCCAUACACUGAUGAAGCUCAGGGGGGCGAGAGAGCUCCUUCCUCGUCAACUGACAGUGAGAGCCCGAGUGAGAGCCCGGCGAGAAACUCUGGAGAUGAAGGACCGGCACAGGACGAAAGCAGUUGCUACAGAGAAGAUCUCCUGCUGUAUACGAACAACAGGGAGUGAUUCGUAACGUUGAGAACGGACACGGCAUGCCAGUGUAUCUCUUGUGUCUGGGCUUGGACAAGUGGCUCUACGGGGUCCUGGUGAUCGAGGCAUCGUUCAGGUCUUGCAGAGCGGAGCCCGGGAAAAUGUCAUCGAUUAUAACUAUGACUACAGCGCCUUGUGCAACAACAAAGAGCAGUCGUGUUUCAAGUCACCAAGAGCUAACGGCGAGGCUGAAAGCUGGUCUUCAGACGUUACGGAGUAUGUGCGCUGACAAGAGUAUCUUGUUUCCCACCCAGAAGUACAUUGUCGGAAAGCUCUUACAGAAGUGCACGUCCGCCACCGCUACUACGAACUUCCCACGUCUUCAGGGGCCGGAGAACUCGUGCAUGACGACGCGCGCCGUUUUACCGAGGGACUGAUGCGGUUGAUCCUGGGUGACGCGGUAUUGAAAUGGACGCCAGGGCAGGUUGCCAUUGCUAAGCUGAUCCGCGAGGCAUUGAUUUCCAAUGCGGCAAAGGUUGGUGGUACCCAUGUCUCUCGGGUCGGUAAAAUGUUCUCUUGGUGCAUGGAGGCCGUCGAACGAGGCAGCGUGCAUGGCGACAUCAAGGACAUCGCAUUGAACGAUUGCUGUAAGCAAAUCUUGACGUGGGCAUCACCAACGGAAACAGUUUGCAAAUUAGUGAGAAAAUAUUCUGGAGAGAUUUCACUGAAAGAGUGGAAGGAGUUAAUCACAUGUAUCCAAGAGACUGAGACGGCAACAGCAUUGCCUAACGAAAAAAUAAUAA